CAGUGACAGUUAUGCACGCGUGCGAGCUGUGGUGAUGACGCGGGAUGACUCAAGUGGCGGGUGGCUGCCACUUGCAGGAGGGGGACUCAGCUGUGUCACCGUGUACAAGACUCCCCACCCUGAGGAUCAUGGCAGCUCAGACUUUCUUGUUCAUGGGGAACGGCUCAGAGACAAAACGGUUGUGCUGGAGUGUGUGCUAAAGAAGGAACUGGUCUAUAAUAAAGUCACCCCUACUUUCCACCAUUGGAGGAUUGGCGAUAAGAAGUUUGGCCUCACAUUCCAGAGUCCUGCAGAUGCUCGAGCUUUUGAUAGGGGUAUACGCCGUGCCCUUGAAGAUCUCGCUCAAGGUUUUCCCACAUCCCAUGGAGAAGCGGAGGUUCCAGAGGAUGGCCCACAGAUGAACAAAGAAGAUCAUUGCAGCAUACAGAACAAUGACUCUUUUUUCCGUCGUGACUCCAUCCCAACCGAUGAGCUAUAUCGUAGUUCUGCCAUCAGGCCCUCUCCAUUUGAAAACCUCAAUACCAGGAGAGCCUAUAUGCACAGCCAGGUCCCUCUAAAGCCACUCCGACAUGUCAGCUUCCAGGACGAAGAUGAAAUUGUGCGUAUAAACCCACGUGACAUCAUCAUACGUCGCUAUGCAGACUAUCGGCAUCCUGACAUAUGGAGGAAUGAUGCAGAGCGGGAUGAACAUGAGAUAAGUGCUCCCUUCAACAAGGCAGACAGUAAAAAAAGCAACUAUCUUUAUUCCCCAGCCAAUGGUAGAGACUCUCUCAAAGAGCAAAAAUCAUCCGGAGUGUUUAAGACUCAACCUAUGUCCUCGCUUAAAAAGCGGAGGAAAGAAGACGGGGAGCGUUCAAGGUGCAUAUACUGUCAGGAGCGCUUCAACCACGAGGAGAAUGGACGAGGGAAAUGCCAGGAUGCUCCGGAUCCCAUCAGGCGAUGCAUCUACCAGGUUAGCUGUAUGCUCUGCGCAGAGAGCAUGCUGUACCAUUGCAUGUCUGAUUCAGAAGGAGACUUCUCUGACCCUUGCUCCUGUGACACUUCAGAUGAAAACUUAUGCCUACGCUGGCUGGCUUUAGUCACAUUAUCGUUUAUUGCUCCCUGUAUGUGCUGCUACCUCCCUCUGAGAGCCUGUCACCACUGUGGGGAGGUGUGUGGCUGCUGCGGUGGUAAGCACAAAGCAGCGGGAUGA